CUUGGUCCUAUUAUGUAUUUCGAAGCGUGUGACUCCAAUCCGGCUUACCACUCCUCAGCUAAGCAAUGCUUUGUUAAACCUAUAGUGAGCUCUGCCAUCAAGGCAAUAGGUGGAAGAUGGCUGUCAAAAGCUUCAUCACGUUUCUCAUACCGUAGGCUCAUCCCCGGCACUGAUGGUAGCCACAACAGCUUCGCAUCUAUUCAAGAAAGUGGGAUGACUGCCUGCUAUAGCUCCCUGGUCUCAGAGCUACGGCCCUACAUUGAAUGCUCAACGGCAAUACACCAGCUUGACGGUCCACUGCUCACUCUGGAGAUGGUGAUCCAAUGUACUGAGCGUAUCCAUCCGAAAGGGUAGUGCGAGCUACUCAUGGCAGCUAUACGACCUUCUAUUGGCAUCACGUUUCCAGGAAUAUUAACAAGUCCACCAUAGCGCGGUCUGCAGGCGUCUCCCUUAAGUCUCAUAGGUGGUCUAUGGCUGGUUGUGGUGAGCGUGUAAGCAAGGUAGGU